GGUGGGGGGCGGGUUCCGCGCUCCGCUCACGCUCUGUCCCGCCGGGCUCUGGAGCUGAGGCACUUCGGGACGCGGAAGAUCCCCCCCAUCCCCCCUCCCGCCUCGCGGGACUCCCCGGUCUGGUCCGGUCCGGUCCGGUCCAGCAGAACUGUGAGGCAGAGUUUGGUAUGAUACCAUGGAAGGGCAGCAGAACCAUCCGCACCAUCUAGGGGACCAGAACAACCCUCUUUGCAAGCUGCCAGGGCAGGAAUACCAGCAUGAUCCUCAGAGACAUUUAACAUCCUAUCCAUAUCGCUGCACACUGGCAGAUUUUCAGAUAGAGAAAAAGAUUGGACGAGGACAAUUCAGUGAAGUUUACAAAGCAACUUGUCUUCUGGACAGAAAACCUGUGGCAUUAAAGAAAGUUCAGAUUUUUGAAAUGAUGGAUGCCAAGGCUAGGCAGGACUGCAUUAAAGAAAUUGAUCUCUUGAAGCAACUGAACCACCCAAAUAUAAUAAAGUAUUUGGAUUCUUUUAUUGAAGACAAUGAACUUAACAUUGUCCUGGAGCUGGCUGAUGCUGGUGAUCUCUCUCAGAUGAUCAAGUAUUUUAAAAAGCAGAAACGGUUAAUCCCGGAAAGGACAGUGUGGAAAUAUUUUGUGCAGUUAUGCAGUGCAGUUGAACACAUGCACUCCCGCAGGGUGAUGCACAGAGACAUAAAACCAGCCAACGUGUUUAUAACAGCCACAGGGGUGGUGAAGCUGGGAGAUCUUGGAUUAGGCCGGUUUUUUAGUUCUAAAACCACUGCAGCACAUUCCUUAGUGGGAACUCCAUACUAUAUGUCCCCAGAAAGAAUACAUGAAAAUGGCUAUAACUUUAAAUCUGAUAUCUGGUCUUUGGGCUGUUUAUUGUAUGAGAUGGCAGCUCUUCAGAGUCCUUUUUAUGGAGAUAAAAUGAACCUGUUUUCUCUUUGCCAAAAAAUAGAGCAAUGUGACUACCCACCUCUUCCAGCUGAACAUUAUUCUGAAAAGCUGCGGGAGCUGGUCAGCAUGUGCAUAUACCCUGAUCCAGAUCAAAGACCUGACAUUGGUUACGUGCACCAAAUAGCAAAACAAAUGCAUGUUUGGACCUCCAGCACAUGAACCCUCUGCAGAUGCUCUCAAGAAGCCAGCACAGCUUAAGUCUUACUUGAAAUUUUUUUCUCAGAUGAAACCAACUGGUGCCUGGUCACACAGUGAGAGGUUGAGCACUCGUAGCAAGAUGCUCCAUUAUUUCUGCAGGUUCUUUGACAUGGACUCUCACAAGGUGGUCAUGCUUAAAGUGAAGAUUCUGCGAGGUAUUGCAAGUGAUUUUUUUUUUUUUUUUUUUUUUAAGGCCAAUAACAUGUUACAGAUGUAGAUCAUUUAAGGGUCCUUUCUUAAAACUGUUGUGUGUAAUCUAGGAUAGCUGAUAUUAACCAGGGCGUCAGAGCAUUUGACACACCCCUCCUAUCUUAACUGUAAUGUGAACUCUUGAAAUAAUUCCUUCAGUGAAAUCACUUUGUACUAAUGUAAGAAUUGCCGUAGACUUUGCGUAAUUUGUAUAACUGCUACUUUGCCUCUUCUGCAAAUGGUUACCAGCAAAUUCAGUUUUUACUUUGUAUAUUUUAAAGCAACCAUUUAUGUGUUUUUAUUAAUUCCCUCCUCUUCAGACUUAGGAAACGGGAAGGGUUGGGCGGUGGGAAACAUUUGUUUCAGUAUUUUUCUCUUUUUUUUUUAUUGAAAAUUGGGAGUAUUUUGCUGAUGCAUUUAUCUGUUAACUUGGCUACAGCCAACGAGAUGUUAAGCUUGUAUCUGGGGGAAAAAAACCAACAACAAAAAAACCAUGCCAAAUGAACCCAAAACAAGCAUUGCUUCUGCAACUGAUUUCUCUCCAAACCUUUUCUUCCCCAUUUGGCAUGAUUCUUUUUAGACUACAUAUUCUUGUUUAAAAAAAACCAGUGUUUAUCUAAGCCAAUGAGAUUUUGGUGAAGAUAUUGUUACACGUUCAGGUAGGUACUGUAGGUGAAACUUAAGCAAAGCAGUGUUUUAAACACUUAGCAAAUUUUUUUUU